AUGGUUUCAAAACCCAAGCGAUUUGCUACUUCAGCAGCAAGAAAGGCAGCUGCACGCGUGCGUGUAGCCGGAGAGAGUACUUCUCACACCUCAGCAGCAGAUGAUUCGUCGCCUGCUUCUGUGAACAGUUCAUGUGGUGAGUCACCACGUGCGACAUGUACAUCUGCUGCGUCUGCAGCGGGUACCGCGAAUCGUAAUCCAGAUGAGUCUGAAAUAGAGCUCAUCUAUUCUGGCGAGUCGGAUGAUGUAUUCGACUCGAAGGCGACACCUCACGCUUCCGGAUCACCCGGGGCGGACACUGCAAGAGACAGGUUGACUGGCUCUGGUCUACGUGGCGGCAUCAUGCUCGAUAUCUUCGGAUCGAGCGAUUGUUCCGACGAAUCCUCUCCUCACGCGAGUCCAUUCCACAAUACGACGCGUGUGGAGGGUGUUGAUACACUCAUACAUCACCACGAGGAAAGCAACUCGAGGGAUCGAGCUGUCACUGGUGUCAGUGCUCAUGCUGACACAAAUUAA